AUGUUAUCAGUCAACUGGAAGAUGUUGGGCGCAGUGAUUUGGGCUACAGUCCUACUCAGCAUUACACACGGACAGCCAGUUCCUGAUCCACAAUUCAUUUCGCCAUGUCCAUGUCCAUGCCCAUGCCCAUGUCCUGAGCCAUGCCCGCCGCCGUGUCCCGAACCUUGCCCCGAACCGUGUCCCGAGCCGUGUCCCGAACCUUGUCCCGAGCCGUGUCCCGAACCAUGCCCUCAGCCCUGCCCGGAUCCUUGCCCCUGUCCCUGCCCUGACCCGUGUCCCUGUCCCUGCCCGGACCCGUGUCCCGGACCCUGUUCCGGUGACGUCCAACAACUCAGCCUGUGCAACCCCGGCGAGCCAGACGUUCGUUAUGCAUAUGGUCAAGCCCCGCAAGGUACUAUUAUUGUCAGGCCAGGACAAAUAAACUUCCCGAAUCCUAGGCCAAUAAUAGUCAAGCCGGGAACAAUCAAACUACCAAAUCCACCUCUGAUAUGGGUCAAACCGGCACCAAUUCAACCACCACGGUUGCGGCCUAUCAGGGUUCAACCACGGCCGGUACAACCUCCGACCCCACCACCGAUACUCGUCCGUCCUGAUCCGGUGCAGCCACCACAACCACGACCUAUUAUUGUCAGACCAGCGCCCGUUACACCACCACGUCCAAGGAAAAUUAAGGUAACACCACAAAGGGUACAGCCUCCUAUGCCAGAUAUGCUCAUCGUGACUCCACCACGUAUACUGGUGCCACAAGCUCCAACAAUAUGCUUCAGACCAAAUCCUAUAACCUGCUUCAAAACUUGUGGUCCAGCCCGUAUCGGUAUCUACAGGCCAAAUCCUUGUAAUCCUUGUAAUCCUUGUAAUCCAUGCGCCCCAUGCGACCCAUGCAACUCAUGUUACUAA